CUUCCACCGUGCGGGUCCGGGGUACUGAACUCAGGCCGGCAGUCUUGGCAGCAGGCAGCCGGGCUCGGAGACCCCUUACAACUAGAACCUGUACUGGGCCGGGGCUGGAGUGGUCGGCUGGGCCGCUUCCUCCAGGCUGGCCACCCAGGCUUCUUUUUGCAUAGCCCAGGUGGGGCAAGAAGGCAGGCGGGGCCGCGCGGAGGAGCUGUUGGCAGAGGGCCGGGUGGGAGCGCAGCGCGCAGGUCCCCUGUUCUCGGGGGUCUGCGCAUGCGCGGCCUCUCUCCCGCGCGUCCCUAGCUCUGGCGUUCCCGGCUACCAGCUCCCAUUGGACCCCAUCAGGCGGUCCCCGGGAUGGAGCGGCUGGACGACCUGGAGCUGCUGCUGAUUGAGGAGAGCUGCGGAUCCCAGGCGGCGGGGGAGCCCGAGCUAUUUCAGGAGAAGAUGGAUACCUUUCCUCAAACAUUUCUGAGCCGGGGACUGGAUAACCGCUACCUGGUACUAGCUGUUGAAACUGUACAGAAUGAAAGGGGUGAUGAUGAAAAACACCUGGUCAUCACUGCCUCCCAGUCACCAGAGCACAAGGAACUAUGCAUCCUUAGGAAUGGCUGGUGUUCUGUGCCAGUCCAGCCAGGAGAUAUCAUUCAUUUGGAGGGAGACUGCACGUCUGAAACUUGGAUAAUAGAUGACAAUUUUGGAUUUUUGAUUCUAUACCCAGAUCUGCUGCUCUCUGGCACAAGCGUAGCCAGUAGUAUUCGGUGUAUGAGAAGAGCGGUCCUGAGUGAAACAUUCAGGAUCUCUGAUCCUGUCACUCGCCAAAUGCUGAUUGGUACAAUUCUCCAUGAAGUUUUUCAAAAAGCGAUCAGUGACAGCUUUGCUCCAGAAAAGCUUCAAGAGUUUGCUUUUCAAACUUUUCAAGAACUAAGACAUUUGAAGGAAAUGUAUCGCUUAAACCUGAGUCAAGAUGAGGUAAAACAGGAGGUUGGAGAAUACCUUCCUUCCCUUUCCAAGUGGGCUGAAGACUUCAUGCAUGGCACUGCUGCUGCCAUCCCUCGGAUGCAGCUUUCUCUGCCAAGUGAUGGUAGUAACAGUAAUUCCUUGUGUAACAUUGAAGUAACAAAAUCACUGGAUAUUGAAGAAAGCAUUUGGUCCCCUCGGUUUGGAUUGAAGGGCAAAAUAGAUGUUACAGUUGAUGUGAAAAUACAUCGAGGUGGUAAAACAAAAUAUAAGAUAAUGCCGCUGGAACUUAAAACUGGCAAAGAAUCCAAUUCUAUUGAACACCGUAGUCAGGUUAUCCUGUAUACACUGUUAAGCCAAGAGAGAAGAGCAGAUCCAGAGGCUGGCUUGCUCCUCUACCUCAAGACUGGGCAGAUGUACCCAGUGUCUGCGAAACACCUUGAUAAAAGAGAGUUAUUGAAGCUCAGGAACCAGAUGGCAUUCUCUUUGUUGCACCGUGUGAACAGAUCUGCUGCUGGAAAGGAGAGGACACAGCUCGCUUCUUUGCCACAAAUAAUCGAGGAAGAGAAAACUUGUAAAUAUUGUUCCCAAACAGGCAACUGUGCUCUAUAUAGCAGAGCAGUUGAACAACAGGUGGAAGAAACUUCUGUUCCGGAGCUCAUGCUGUCCAAAAUCAAGAAGGAAACCCAACAUCUGAGGCUAACCCAUUUCAAGUAUUUCAGCCUUUGGUGCCUCAUGCUGACUUUGGAGUCAGAAUCAAAAGAUAACAGAAAGAGUCAGCAAAAUAUCUGGUUAAUGCCAGCUUCUGAAAUGGAGGAGAGUGGGAACUGCAUUGGCAAUCUGGUCAGGACAGAGCCUGUGAAGAGAGUUUGUGAUGGACAGUAUUUAUAUAACUUCCAGCGUAAAAAUGGUGCCAUCCCUGUCACUAAUCUGAUGGCAGGUGACAGGAUUAUUUUAAGUGGAGAAGAGAGAACACUCUUUGCUCUAUCUAAAGGAUAUGUGAAGAAGAUUACCAUGACAACAGUAACCUGCUUAUUAGACAGGAACCUAUCAACACUUCCAGAAACAACUUUGUUUAGAUUAGACCGGGAAGAAAAAGGUUGUGAUGUAGAUACCCCAUUAGGAAAUCUCUCUAAAUUGAUGGAAAACACCUAUACCAGCAAAAGACUUCGAGAAUUAAUCAUUGACUUCCAGGAACCUCAGUUUAUAUCCUACCUCAGCUCCGUUCUUCCACACGAUGCAAAGGAUACAGUGGCCAGCAUUCUAAAAGGUUUAAAUAAGCCCCAGAGACAAGCAAUGAAGAAAGUUCUCCUCUCCAAAGACUACACGCUCAUUGUGGGGAUGCCUGGGACGGGGAAGACGACCACCAUAUGCACUCUUGUAAGAAUCCUCUAUGCCUGUGGGUUCAGUGUUCUGUUGACCAGCUAUACACACUCUGCUGUUGACAAUAUUCUCUUGAAGUUAGCCAAGUUUAAAAUAGGAUUUUUGCGUUUGGGUCAGUCUCAAAAGGUCCAUCCAGAUAUCCAGAGAUUUACAGAGGAAGAAAUUUGCAGAUCAAGGUCCAUUAAGUCCUUGACUCUUCUAGAAGAACUGUACAAUAGUCAACUUAUAGUUGCAACAACCUGUAUGGGAAUAAACCAUCCAAUAUUUUCCCGUAAAACCUUUGAUUUUUGUGUUGUGGACGAAGCCUCUCAAAUUAGUCAACCCGUUUGCCUGGGGCCCCUCUUUUUUUCUCGGAGAUUUGUGUUGGUGGGGGAUCAUCAGCAGCUUCCUCCCCUGGUUGUAAACCGGGAAGCAAGAGCUCUAGGCAUGAACGAAAGCUUGUUCAAGAGGCUGGAGCAGAACAAGAACGCCGUCGUCCAAUUAACGGUGCAGUACAGAAUGAACAGUAAGAUUAUGUCCUUAAGUAAUAAGCUGACCUACGAAGGAAAGCUGGAAUGUGGGUCGGACAAAGUCGCCAGUGCAGUGAUUAGCCUGCCCAACCUCAGAGAUGUCAAACUGCAGUUUUACACUGAUGAUUCUGAUAACCCUUGGAUGGCUGGAGUAUUUGAGCCGGACAACCCUGUUUGUUUUCUUAAUACAGACAAGGUUCCGGCACCAGAACAAGUUGAAAAGGGUGGUGUGAGCAAUGUAACAGAAGCCAGACUCAUUGUUUUCCUGACCACGGUUUUCAUUAAGGCUGGAUGCCGGCCCUCUGAUAUUGGCAUCAUUGCACCAUACAGGCAGCAGCUGAGGAUCAUCAGUGACUUAUUGGCACACUCGUCUAUUGGGAUGGUUGAAGUUAAUACAGUAGACAAAUACCAAGGGAGAGACAAAAAUCUCAUCCUGGUAUCAUUUGUUCGCAGUAAUAAGGAUGGAACUCUUGGUGAACUCCUGAAAGAUUGGCGACGUCUCAAUGUCGCACUGACCAGAGCCAAGCACAAGCUGAUCCUCCUGGGAGACGUGGCCUCUCUGAAGCGAUACCCUCCUUUGGAGAAGCUUUUUCAUCAUCUGAACUCAGAAAAAUUAAUCUUGGACCUUCCAUCAAGAGACCAUGAGAGUCUCUGUCACAUUCUGGGUAAUUUUCAAAGAGGAUGAAACACUGUCUUCCUGCCUUUUCAUGGAAGGACCUCGCUCCUGCCGGUGCCUGGUAUUCCCAGUUACAGUUUGCUGCUAGAUCUGUGCCUGGUUGAACUGUGAAGAUGAUUUGUAUCUAAGAGAUACACAUGAAGUGAAUGUACUCUUUCCAAAGUUCCAGGGUUUUUUUGUUUUCUAGCUUUUUAAUCUUGUUAAAUGUAAGAUUCUGUCACCAUACAAAAUGUUAUUUUUUUAAAGUACAAAUGUAUCCUGAACUGUGGAAUUUCUGAAUUUAUAAGUACUUCAAAUGUAUUUUUAUCUGACCAAGGAAAAAAGGUUGAUAACAUUUUUACCAGUUCUGAAGGUGGACUUUUGGAUCUGUACCGUAACACCUCAGGUUCCCAAUCAGAUCCCACAGGUUGAGCUCUCAAAAAAUAAAGUUUCUGAACUAAUUUCAUUUUUAUAGAGUUAAUCAUAAAAGUUAUAUUUAAAAGCUUAGACGAAGCUGGAUGGUUUGGGUCAUUUAAAUGCACUCUUGUGUGAAGGGGAAGUGAGUCUUUGGAUUUGAAGGUUCCUGAUUCAAAAGCUGUUGUGCUGGUUCUUUCCUGGCUGGCUCUCUAGUACCAGAGGACUGUCGCUUCAGCCCUUGCCUUUUACAUUAGUUUGUGAUUGUAUGAUGAUGUUUCCAAGUCUUUGCUCCUCUCACUGUCCCCUAACCCUUACCAUCAACCCUUUCAUUAUCCCCUUUGUAAAUUUUCAGUACUCAGGAUUUCAGGAUUAUAGAGUAGAGUGAUAGAAAGCAAAUUCCUUUGAGAAGAAAUUUUGUUCUCCGAAUUGACUAAAAGGCAUAUCUCUGCUUUCAUUUCUUCAUCUCAGUUUGCCUCUUUGGGAGCAUUCUCCCUAGUUUUUUGUAAA